GAUUACAGGCGUGAGCCACUGCGCUCAGCCGGGCCAGAUACUCUUUUAAGUACCUUGCAUGAAUGAGUUCACUAGGUGCUUACAGCACUUCCGUGACACAGGUCCUGUGAUUAUUCCUAAGUUGUAUCCAAGGAAAUGGGGAGAAGAGAUGUUUAAUGUCUUGUUCAAGAUCAAACCUGGGCAGCCUGGCUCCAGCACUUGGGCUCUGAACUCCAAUGCUGUACGUGAUCUGUUGCUAGCAGGGACUUCUUUUGAAAAUACAGAGGCCCAGAAACCUUAAGUGAUUUUCCCAAGGCCACUGGGUGGACAUGGACUUGGAAUCCUAACCCAUGUGACUGCUGUGUUCUCUCCACUAUGCUAUGGGCCAGUGAAUGUUGUGAUGUGGCUUUAUUCUGCUUAUUGACUGGAUGUGAUCAAAACUGUCAACGUCCAGGUAGAAGACUGAAUCUGAUGAUUUACAAUUUGUACAGAACUCUUCAGUCUUGUUGGCUUUCUUGUCAGUCUCAGCAACAACCUUCUGUCUUCGAGCUACAUGUGAAAAAUGUUCCUUCUCCUACUUGUUGAUUAAUAUUCCUUGAAAAAAUGUAUUUCCAUAUAUAUAGCCUAAAGAGGAAUGUCAGCAGUUAGACAUACUAAUCAGAAGAAGGCUUUGUGUUUUAGUAAAGGUUAAUUAAGAGCCAUUGAAUUUUUUUCCUUAAAACAUAAAGGUAAAAUAAUGUAAUUAGCUAUUUUUUUCCCUCUCUCUCCCCAGAGGGCAGAUGUAAAUGUUCUACCAAAAUGAAGCUAUUUAUUUAAAUCCAUCCAGAUUUCUUCUGAAGUUUCAUACAUCUUUCCUCUGCUAUAUCAGCUUAUAGCUACAAUAAUUUAAUAAGUUUUUCCUAGGGUGAAAUUGGAUGCCCUUUAUCGAUCUUACACUGAGGGGGCAUUCAAUUACUUAAUCUAAAGUGGUAUUUCUGGGUCUCUCAAUUACAAUUUUGUUAUAAAUGGCUUGCUAAUGAUGCUUGGGUGCAUAGGUUAAUAGGGGGUGUCCAAGCAAGGGCUGGGUAAUUGAACACUUUCUAUUUUGGGACCCGUUAUCUGAUUUCUCUCCUGGUGCCAGGUUCCCACAGUGAUGGUCUGCAUCCAUCAGGCUCAGAAUUGAGCCCAGGUGGGAAGUAAUCUCACUGAAAUGUACACCUGAAUCCUUUGGUUUAAUACAUGAACGGAAGCGCCAAGGGCCCCAUCUUGUCUGAGUCGACCGGCACCAAACGUGGACAUUCCAGACAGGUGAAGUGCAGGGGCAUACAUGACUCCUUUCUGAAGGAGGAACCACUUGAGUGUUAGGUUUCUGAAUGACUGUGCUUGGGAUAAUUUGUGGCCUAUGGAAAAGGCCAGAUAAGGAACAUAACAGCAAUCCAUUUUCCUUUCAAUACCACCCCAUUACUUGGAUUUUUCUUCCCUGAGUUAUGCUCUUUAAUAAUUAUACAUAGUAUGAAAAUUCUUUUGAGGUCAGGCAUGGUGCCUCAUGCCUGUAAUCCCAGCACUUUGGGAGGCCAAGGCGGGCUGGAUCACUUGAGGCGAGGAGUUCGAGACUAGCCUGGCCAAUGUGGUAAACUCCGUCUCUACUAAAAUGCAAAAAUUAGCCAGGCGCGGUGGUGUGUGCCUGUAAUCUCAGUACAUCGGAAGCUGAGACAGGAGAAUCGCUUGAACCUGGGAGGCAGAGGUUGAAGUGAGCCAAGAUCGUGCCACUACACUCCAGCCUGGGCCACAGAGUGAGACUCCAUCUCAAAAAAAAAAAAAAAAAAGAAUAUAUAGUGUGCCUCCCUUUUUGCACUUGAGCAAAUCCCACCCCUGACUUUGGCCUUCAAGACUUUACAGAGCCUGGUCCCUGCCUCCUCUCCCAUUGGGUUUCCACCCCCACUACUGGCCUACGCUGCCAGUAGCCCUCAUGGGUUGGGACUCCCCACAGCAUCUCUCUACAGGGCCUUUGCUUCCCCUGGUCUCCAUGUGACUGGCUUCCUUCUUGUCAUUCAGGUUUCUCCUCCAAUGUCCCUGUGAAAUCAGGUCUUCCCUGUCACCCUGUGUAUCAUACCUCCCACUCCUCUAAGGCAGUGACUCUAACCCAGGGGUGAUUAUGCACCCCAGGGGACAUUGACAAUGCCUGGAGACGUUUUUAGUUGUGACAUCUCAGGGGAACGGGUGCUAUGGCAUCCAGUGGUAGAGGCCAGGGUGCUGCUAAGCAUCCUACGCAGGACAGCCCUGACAACAAAGAAUGGGCCAUCCUAGGAUGGCACAAAGAAUUCCAAAACCCUGUUCCAAUGGUUUUAUUGUUCUCUCCCCUUUUUCUUUAUUCUUUUCUGCAUAGCCUUUAUCUAGCAGCAUCUGGGAUUAUCUUAUUCAUUUGGGACUUCUUAUAGCCUGUGCCCUGCAACCCCUACCCCUGGUGGGACAGAAGCUCCACUUGGGAACAGAACUCCUCUCUGGGUCAGCCCUGCACCACUCGCACCCGUCAGGGGAGGGCUCGUCUGGAAGCCGCCGGGCUCUAGGGCCUUCACUUACAAGGGAUUCACCUGGCCUUCAGAUUGCUUGUCCAUCUUACUGCAUGUUUGACAUACUAUACAGUGGCUAUCGAUUUUGGUAAAAACUUGUAAAUGUGAGGUAGUUUUAUGUUUUUUCUCAGAGAGGACCCCCCUUCCCACCCCAGCCCAGGGGUGUUUUCCAACACCAGCAAAUCCUCCAACUCCAGAACCUAACUGAUUAUCCUACCAUUCAAUUCAAGUCUGCCCCUACCAGAGGCAGACUCUACAGGUUUGAGGGCUUGGUCCCACCAGACUGCUCCACUUCAGAUGCCAGUCCCAAGUACUGGGUCCCCAGGUUACCCAUGCUUCUGUCCAAAUUGGCUACAAAGGCAAGAGAGUCCCACAACCUCCUCAGGUUCAGUAAUUCUCUAGAAUGACUCACAGAACUCAGGAGAGUGCUUGGCUCAUCAUCAGUCUAUUAUAGGAUACAAUGCAGAAACAGCCAGCAGAUGAGACGCAUGGGGUGAGGUAUGUUGGAGGAAGGUGUGUAGAGCUUCCAUGCCCUCUCCCUCCAUUCCACCUUCCCAGCACCUCAAAGGGUCCACCAACCUGGAAGCUGCCUGAGCCCAGUGGUUUAGGGGUUUUGAUGGCAGUUUCAUUACAAAGGCAUGAUUGGUUAAAUCAUUGGCCACUGGUGAUUGACUUCAUCUGCAGCCCUUCUUCCCGACCUGGAGUUUGGGGGGUUUGCUGAAAGCUGCUAACUGAGGCUUGGUCUUUCUGGUGACCAGCCCUCAGCCUGGAGCUAUCCUGGCCCGCAAAGGGUCACCGCAUCAGGAUACACUCAGAUAUGGCUGAAAGGGGCUUGUCAUGAAUGACGACAGGUGCUUCUCUCACCCCAUCACUCAGAAAAAUUCCAAGGAUUUUAGCACCAGUGUACCAGUACCCAAGGAUAGAGACCAAAUACUCAUCUCUUUAUUUCCACAUCACAUCCCUCAUCUUGUAUUGGCUUUUGGCUGGCCUCCCCCUAACUGGACAUGUGCAACACUCAGCUGUUCUUCAAAAGAUAUUUGUUGAACAGAUGAAUGAACGAAUGAAAGAAUGCUAGGAGCUGAGAAAACACUGUAUCUGAGUGUUUUGCUAAGGUUCUUGCAGCCUCUCAAAUUGCCUCCUCAGUUCUUUCUGUUUAGGAAGCAGGACUUGCAGAGGCUGGGCUGGUUGGAGGGGGCGGCUGCCCGGCAGACAUGCUCUGUGGACCCGGUCCGGGCACCCCAUCUUCCCUCCUCUCUGUUGAGACUGUCAGCUGCUCAUGUUUUCGCUUUGCUUGAAAUGAGCUUCCCCUGCCCUUGUUUAGGAAUGUUUUGCCCAUUCGUUUGGGUCCAGAUUAUGUACAUUCCUGUCUUGGAGCUUCAAAGUCCGUGUUUUGUUUGCUUUUUAAAGAAUCUAAUUCGAUCUUCUGCAGCAGAAAGACAGGAGGGUGUGAAUUCCCUCCCUGCUGAGCUGCUGGUUGGAGUCUCAUUUUAACCCCGGCUUGGCCCUGUCUUGGACAUGUGAAAAAAUGUUUUCUUGGCCUUAAUGAUGGAGUUUCCAAGUAGGGGAUCUUGCCCUUUUGUUUCUUUAGUUUGGAAGAAUUGUUUGUAGCAAGCGAUGGGUCAGGGGUGGUUGAGCAAGUUUGAAGCAGAGGUUGAGUCUUGAGGUUUCUGACAUGUCCUUUCAGCUGCCCUCAUGUCCCUCCAGCUGCCCUCAGGGAUAAGAGAUGGGGGUAGGGCCUGAGAUGUCCGGCCUGGCUUCCCAGAACUGGCCCCUUCUGCAUCCCCGCCCCGGCGCCUCUGCAGGACUCAGGUCUCAGCCUCUACUGACCAGCCUUUCUCAAACUGGCUCCUUGAUACCCUAGUGAGAUUCCUUGGCCAAUUAUGUACUUACAACUUUGUGUAUUAUAUUCCUCUCUUGUGGAUUCACAGGGCUUAUUAGCAUAUCAAAGGCCCUGAAAAGUUCGGCUGUAAAGAAUUCUGUGUAAUUUUGUCCAUUCCACAUUUUCUCCAAAUAAUUUAAGCAUGGAACACUCACCAACGGCAAGCGGAACAUUUUGUGGGAGGAAGACGUUUUGGGAAACACACAGCUUGGCUAUUUCUUGGCCACCAUAUUUUGAGAAAACACGAGGUUUUCAGUCCAAGGGGCAUGAACAUUUCUUCUGUUGAGUUCUGAUUGUUUAAUUCUUCAGCCAGUACAUGGAGAUCUUGAUGCGGGGUUAGUUAAUGCCGCCUCUAUGGACACAGUGAGGGUUGUUUGAGGCGUGGCGUGUGUAGAGUUGGAGAUGAAUCUACUACUCUUGGAUAAUUUUCAAUUGCUAAAGAAUAAUCAUGUGGUAUAGGAUCUUUCAUCUUUGAUCCCAUUUCAAAUGUUUUUGGCAUUCACUGACAAUGAAAAAUCAUAGUAGUAGUUGAUGAUGCUAUUGUUAUCAAUGCUCUCUACCUUUUAUGGUAUGCUAAAUAUGUGUCAGGCAUUAUUCAAACUCUUUACAUGUAGUAGCUAAUUUAGUACCUGUCAAGGUACCCUAUUUUCCUAAUUUUGCUAUUGAGGAAACCAAAGCUCAGAGAGGUUAUGUGGCUUGCUCAGGGUCACACAGCCAAUUAGUGGUGAUCUACCACUGCCAGAAACUAAGUAGGUCUCCUUUUUUGCUUAUCCAUGGCUCUUUUUAUGACAUCUACAAAGAAGUGUCAUUUGGGCAACAAUAUAUUUUAUAACCACAGGAUUCUAUUAAUGGGUUUUUAAGAAUCAUAUCUUGCUCGAGAUGAUGAAAAUGAAAAAUUAUGUCAGGGUCUGAAGCUCUGUGCCACUUGAGGGAAUACUAUACAUUGGAUUUAAUUGCUUAAUAACUUAAAGUCAAGUGGUUUUUUAAUAUGAUACAUUCUACUGAAGGAGAGACUCAUUUCAUUGUUUCUAAAUUUUCAUUAACUUUUGCUUCCUAAUCUGAUAAUAAAGGUUAACUCUAAGAAAGAGACUGCUGAUGCCAGCGAGAGGGAAAAAACACAUUUUCUCUGCCUGCUCCCAUUCUAACCAUCCUCCUUAGUAUUCUUGAGAUUUUUCAUUGACUGAAAAGCACUGAUAUUUCAAUUCAUCCCUCAAAUUUGUAGUCAUUGACUGUGCAUGAAUCUGAGAAUGAUCACAACAUCCUGGGAUUCAGAGAUCCUGUAACUGAGAUAUAUCAAGCAGAGGGAUUAGGGGACAUGUGGACCAUGCACAAUGUGAGAUGUUUGAUGUGGCGCUGGUGGUGCUGGAAUUGGGACCAUGUUCGGUGGCAGAGAUUGAGCCCCAAAGCCAACUGCAAGGACCUGAACCUCUUCCUUUAUCCUCAUGAUUUUCUAUGACUUGCUUAGAACCAGGCUGGCUUGGCUGGACUUAGAGGUGGAAAAGAGAGUGAGCAUCUGUCUCUGGUUGGAGGAUGAGCUUUGGGUUAUCGCUAUUACCACACAAUGUAAUAAAGCCUCUUGUCUUUUUGUGUAGGAAAUCUGGCAUUUUUUAAAGUUUGCGCCCCACAAAGAGGAAAUAUUCCAAAGGUACUCAGGAUGUAAAAGUGGAGAUCUUCACAGAUGCCUCCGUGGAUGGCAUGGCAAUCCAUCCAUCAGUGAAAAGACCAUGAUUUCUUUUAAUUUUUUGUGUGUUUCCAUAUUCCCCAGUGAGAAUUCUUCCACCUUUUUUUGUGCCAUGGGAAAAACCUGAAGGGCAGGCAGAGCUGCUCCCGAACUAGUGACCUUCUCCAAGGUUGCAGAGGCUCUUGUAGAACAUGACUCUGGGACAUCACUUCCUUUUGUUUUCUUUCGGAGCUGAACCAAAGAAUGUGCGUCCUCUUUCUCUAGUGCUGUGGUGUGUGCUUAUUUUUGUAUUUGUGCUUUCCAUCCAUCUUAUGUAAUCACAAGGCAUCCUUAAGGUUUUCCGGCACAAUUUGUGGACAUCCAGACUCCUGGGGGGACCACCACCCAUGGCUCGGUAAGCCCAGGGCACUGGCACUACCAUGAGGCACUGCAUUAAUUGCUGCAUACAGCUGUUACCCGACGGUGCACACAAGCACCAGGUCAACUGCCGAGGGGGCCCCCACCACGGUCACCAGGCGUGCCCCACGUGCAAAGGAGAAAACAAAAUUCUGUUUCGUGUGGACAGUAAGCAGAUGAACUUGCUUGCUGUUCUCGAAGUGAGGACUGAAGGGAACGAGAACUGGGGUGGGUUUAUGUGCUUCAAGAAGGGGAAGCGAUGUAGCCUCGUUUUUGGACUGAUAAUAAUGACCUUGGUAAUGGCUUCUUACAUCCUUUCUGGGGCCCACCAAGAGCUUCUGAUCUCAUCACCUUUCCAUUACGGAGGCUUCCCCAGCAACCCCAGCUUGAUGGACAGCGAAAACCCAAGCGACACAAAAGAACAUCAUCAUCAAUCCUCUGUAAAUAACAUUUCAUACGUGAAGGACUAUCCAAGCAUUAAAUUAAUUAUCAACAGCAUCACAGCUAGGAUUGAGUUCACGACCAGACAACUCCCAGACUUAGAAGACCUUAAGAAGCAGGAGUUGCAUAUGUUUUCAGUCAUCCCCAAUAAAUUCCUUCCAAACAGUAAGAGCCCCUGUUGGUACGAGGAGUUCUCGGGGCGGAACACCACAGACCCGUACCUCACCAACUCCUACGUGCUCUACUCCAAGCGCUUCCGCUCCACCUUCGACGCGCUGCGCAAGGCCUUCUGGGGCCACCUGGCGCACGCGCACGGGAAGCACUUCCGCUUGCGCUGCCUGCCGCACUUCUACAUCAUAGGGCAGCCUAAGUGCGGGACCACAGACCUCUAUGACCGCCUGCGGCUGCACCCUGAGGUCAAGUUCUCCGCCAUCAAGGAGCCACACUGGUGGACCCGGAAGCGGUUUGGAAUUGUCCGCCUAAGAGAUGGGCUGCGAGACCGCUAUCCUGUGGAAGAUUAUCUGGACCUCUUUGACCUGGCCGCACACCAGAUCCAUCAAGGACUGCAGGCCAGCUCUGCAAAGGAGCAGAGCAAGAUGAAUACAAUCAUUAUCGGGGAGGCCAGUGCUUCCACUAUGUGGGAUAACAAUGCCUGGACGUUCUUUUACGACAACAGCACAGAUGGCGAGCCACCGUUUCUGACCCAGGACUUCAUCCAUGCCUUUCAGCCGAAUGCCAAACUGAUUGUCAUGCUCAGGGACCCUGUGGAGAGGUUGUACUCAGACUAUCUCUACUUUGCAAGUUCGAAUAAAUCCGCAGACGACUUCCAUGAGAAAGUGACAGAAGCUCUGCAGCUGUUUGAAAAUUGCAUGCUUGAUUAUUCACUGCGCGCCUGCGUCUACAACAACACCCUCAACAACGCCAUGCCUGUGAGGCUCCAGGUCGGGCUCUAUGCUGUGUACCUUCUGGACUGGCUCAGUGUUUUUGACAAGCAACAGUUUCUCAUUCUUCGCCUGGAAGAUCAUGCAUCCAACGUCAAGUACACCAUGCACAAGGUCUUCCAGUUUCUGAACCUAGGGCCCUUAAGUGAGAAGCAGGAGGCUUUGAUGACCAAGAGCCCCGCCUCCAAUGCACGGCGUCCCGAGGACCGGAACCUGGGGCCCAUGUGGCCCAUCACACAGAAGAUUCUGCGGGAUUUCUACAGGCCUUUCAACGCUAGGCUAGCGCAGGUCCUUGCUGAUGAGGCGUUUGCGUGGAAGACGACGUGAGAGCUGAACUGUUGCUGCACGUGCUGGGCCCGCCAAUGCCGUCAUCACCAGGAUUUUACAAAUCUCUUUGCAGGGAACUGUUUCACUCAUGGUAUGGAAAACCCCAGGACUCCGCCUCUCUAGGCACACAUGAAUUAUAACCAUUUUGGAAUUUCUUUUGUGAUGUUCAAGAGCUCAGCAAUGGACCCCUCACAGAGCUCCUGUCUGAGGCCAGUGGAGACCCCAUUUCUCAAGAAUUCAGCUCUGCUCCGAGCGUCCUGGAGCUUGGGGAUGCAGCCAGCUGACCCUGCACUGGGUGUGGAGAGAACACCUAGGGAAGGCAGCCCAGCGCUGCCCGCCUCCGCCUUCUGGCGAGCCUCAGUCUGGGUUCUGAGUCAGCACGCCAGAGGUCAUGCCACAGGGCUGGCUGGAACUUACACUUCACGUUCCCUUUUUUCCCUCUAGAGAUGGGGUCUCGCUGUGUUGCGCAGACUGUCUGUAUUCAAUGGCUAUCUUCACAGGUGUGAUCAUAUCACAUUCACUUCUGAAACGCUUGUUGGGAUCGCUAAGCUCACUGGGACAGAGAACCGCAGUCUUUCGAGAAUGGAGGCUCUUCAUUUUUUUUUCUCCUUUACUCCAAAGUCAGCCCUCUAGUUUCUUCAGAUGUAAACCCUGUUAACGUCACUGUUUCCAAAAGGAAAAAAAUCAGUCAGUUUUUGGCAGCACCUUCAUCUCUCUGACCUCCUCCUAUUCUGUCCUUGUGGACUUUACUUACGUUUAACCUAGAAAAUGAAUACAUUGAAAACAAAACCACUUUCUGCAUUUAACCAGUCCUGGCUCGCUCUCUCUGCUGCCUCUUUAUAUGUCAAGAAAUUCAGUUUAUAAUUGGAAGGGAAAAUUUUGCUGUUAAUGCCAGAAUGAGCAACCUGAAGGAAUUGAACACUUCAUGGAAAAUGUAGGUAAUUCAAGCCCUCAUCAGGUUUACAAGAUCAUCAGAGAAACAGAGGAUUUUAAUUUUUAGUUCUGGCCGGCUACAGGCUCCAUUUCUCCGCCUUCCCAUUGGAAAAUGUUUAUUUCCACAUUCUCCACUACUUGUGGUCAAAGUUCCUCGCCCAGCAAGGGACUAUAGAUACCCAUGUCCCAAUUCCGAAACACAAUGCAUAAGCUGAACUUGGGCUGAACGUGGCGUGUUGAGAUUUGGGAUGAGGUUUCUAAGAGUCGUGUUCUUCAUGGAAUUUUCCAGGCUACUUGGCAGCUUGGUUUACCGAUGGAUGGGCAAGAGAUCUUGUCAUUUCUUGGCAGUCACGGGCAAGAUUGAAGAGAAGACUUGAGCAUCCUUGGCAACAGCCCAGGUGGGACCUGGAUGAAGCUUUGCACUCAAGUGUUGUCAAGGGAAGCUUCCUGUGAACCAAAGUUCUCAGGCCAAGGUCUCGUCCACCAAAGCCAGAAAGUGCAAGCACCCGUCUACCCAGCUCUAACUUGCAUGUGUGAGACAGACCGGGCUUUAGGGGUAGGAGGAUCUGCAAUCGCUCAGCCAUCCCCUGGUGCUGUUGUCUUUCUGCCAUCAGGGAAGGGACACACAGCCCAUUUGAAGGUGUGCAGAGGGCUCUGAGCACCAGGAUGGCCGGGAGCUAUUCCUGCUACUGAAGGAGCUGUGUGUCCCGAACUCCCACUUGCAGGGACAGUCCCCACCUUCUCUAUAGCCGGCACUGGGAGCAGCCGCCAGCAGGGAAAUCUGGUCUGAGCACAAGGAUGCUUUAGGGAGAGAUCCCUUCAGUGUGUGUGUGUAUUUAUUUGCUGUACAGUGUGUGUGUGUGUGUGUGUGUGUGUGUGUGUGUGUGUACUCGCACGUGUGGGUGAGUGCGUCUUCUGAGUGAGUUCUGUUCAGUUCCAGUUGCUAAUGAGGCUCCUCCGCUCUGGACACAACCCUUUUAUAGAUUAAUUUCUCUGCCAAUUAACUUGUCAUUUUCAGUACAUAUUUUACUAUUCCACACCAACCAUAAUUAUAACAAGGGAUUUUUCUUAUGCACUCCUAUGCAUGUGAAUAACAUGUGGUGUAAUUCUGCUUCUUACAGAAGUAUUACUGAAGGUAUUAUUUCCAAUAUUAUUUGGUUUAUUAUGCGGAUCUUUUUUAUAUAUGCAGUCCCAUCCCUUCUGUGCCAAUCAAUGCCAUCCAGACAUGGUUUUUCCCUCCAGGGGCCUUUCUCCAGAGGGCACUUCUGCUGCCUCUGCUUCCUCUCGUUCGAGGCCCGGCUCUUGCUGACAGGAUAGGUUCCGUUCUGGGCGGUGGUUCUCGAGCCUGCCAUUCAAAACCAAAGUGAAUUAGAGCAUUUCUCAUAACAUGGUAUUGAAGUUCCUUUUUGUUCUCAAAAGCUGUGUACCAGACUGUGUUAAAUUGUACUCCCUUAGUCCUGUAAAGUAUGUUCAGUAAAUCGCAGUUACACUGUACUUUUAUUAAUAUUUAACAUAAUUAAAGAUGGACCCAUGUGAGUGA